CAAAUAUUUAGCGAACCGAAAUUAGUCUACAACAAAAACCAAAUUGACUCAUUGUCGCUCUCACUUUCUGUGCUUCGCGAGAGUUUCUCAGGCGCCAUGGAGGGCUCGUCGUCUAAUCCCUAUUAUUCAAAUCAAACGGCUUCCGGUGCAUCCGAUUUUCUUACUAAUCUUCCUUCUCGUGGUCUCUUCUCGUCCAACGUUAUCUCUUCAAAUCCGGGUAGCAUGCGAGUUUAUGUUUGUGAGCAUGACACAUCACCCCCAGCGAACCAACUGGUAAAAACAAACCAACAAAACAUACUGAUUAGAUCACUCACUCUUAAGAAACAGAAGGAUGCUAGUUCAAAGGAUGUGAAAGGUGUAGCUGGAGCUGAUAAAAAGAGGGCUGCUGAAAGAGUUUUGGAUGGUAGGAAUCCAGCCAAGAGAGCCAACAUGCAAGCAAGCUCUCGUCAAGAGGGAAUGAACAGUUGUGCAGCUGAGAAGGACUUCCACAGUUUGACUGUAGAGAGGCUCCGGGCCCUUCUCAAGGAAAGAGGUCUUUCACCAAAGGGAAAGAAGGAUGACCUGGUUGCACGCCUUAAAGGUGCAAAUAGUUAAAUGUAGCUCAAAAGGUGGAGAGGUCUCAGCAUGUUUUGCACUUGGGUUAUGGAAGGUCAUUAUGUUCUAUUUUGUGUAACCUAAGAUAGAGAAAAGAAUUGUAAUUUAGGAAUAUUGUUUUGAAGAGAAUGAUAACAUGUCGUUUCUAUUAACCUGCAUUGAUAAGUUUUAGUUAUUUUUUUUUCUUUUCCAACAUGGUAAUGUAUAUCUAUCCUUUUUGCCCGCCAUAGAGUGGACCCUUGUUAUUGAGCUGAAGCUGGUGGCAGUGGUAGGGCAGAGCACGUGCUAUUAUAUACUUCUCUGUUUAUCA